AGUGAAUGACUGCAUUCUCCGGGUGAAUGACUCAGAUGUGUCUGAAGUCUCCCACAGUAAAGCAGUGGAAGCCUUAAAGGUUGCCGGUUCUAUAGUCCGACUGUAUGUGCGGCGCCGCAGGCCAAUGCUGGAGACCAUCAUUGAGAUCAAACUUAUCAAAGGACCAAAAGGGCUUGGCUUCAGUAUUGCAGGUGGAGUUGGGAACCAGCACAUCCCGGGUGACAACAGCAUAUACGUUACCAAAAUCAUAGAUGGCGGGGCAGCACAGAAGGAUUGCCGGCUACACAUUGGAGACAGGUUGUUAAUGGUGAACAACUACUGUCUGGAAGAAGUGUCUCAUGAAGAAGCUGUGGCCAUUUUGAAGAACACGUCGGAUGUGGUUUACCUGAAGGUGGGAAAGCCCACUAAUGUCUACCUGUCAGAUCCCUAUGGGCCUCCUGAUAUCACACACUCUUUCUCUCCAGCCAUGGAAAACCAUAUCUCUUCUCCUAUCAACAGUGGCACUCUGGAGUACAAGUCUAGCCUCCCCCCCAUCUCCCCAGGGAGUUAUUCCCCCCUCCCUAAGCACUUAUUGGGGGAAGAGGAUAUAAACAGGUUGGAUGGUUUUUCCUUCUUACGAAAUCCCUCUCUAGAUGACGGGGAGGGUCACAGGUUUGAUUCUCAGCACUUCCAGUUGAGGCCUCCUGAGCCAGUUUACAGCACUGUGAACAAACUUUGUGACAAAGCACCCUCCCCCCGACACUAUUCCCCAGUAGAGUGUGAAAAAAGCCUCCUGCACUCUGCCCCCCUCCCAAACUUUCACUUAAGCCUGUUCCCUGAGUCGGACAUCAACAGGGACCCCAGGAAGGUGGUGCUCCACAAAGGAUCCACAGGCCUGGGUUUCAACAUUGUGGGAGGUGAGGACGGCGAGGGCAUCUUUGUCUCCUUCAUCCUGGCAGGAGGGCCUGCUGACCUGAGUGGAGAGCUGAGGAGAGGAGACCAGAUCUUAUCGGUUAAUGGGAUUGACCUGCGAGGUGCAACACAUGAACAAGCAGCAGCAGCACUGAAAGGAGCCGGACAGGUGGUCACCAUCUUUGCCCAGUACAGACCAGAAGAGUACGGGCGUUUUGAGGCCAAAAUCCAUGACCUGCGGGAACAGAUGAUGAACCACAGUAUGAGCUCUGGCUCAGGUUCCCUGCGAACCAAUCAGAAGAGAUCGCUCUAUGUGAGGGCGCUGUUUGACUACGAGAGGUCGAAGGACAGCGGCCUCCCCAGCCAAGGGCUCAGCUUCAGGUACGGGGACAUACUCCAUGUCAUCAACGCCUCAGAUGAUGAGUGGUGGCAAGCCCGCCGUGUCACCCCACAUGGGGACAGCGAGGAGAUGGGUGUGAUUCCAAGCAAAAGAAGGGUGGAGAGGAAAGAGCGGGCGCGUCUAAAGACGGUGAAGUUCAACUCCAAGCCGGGGUCGUUUGAUUCUAAAGGGUCAUUCAAUGACAAACGUAGAAAGAAUUUCAUCUUUACACGAAAGUUCCCAUUCUACAAGAACAAAGAGGGUGAGCAGGAUGGCAGUGACUCAGACAGAAGUCAAGAUGAUGUCAUCAUCUCAUAUGAACCUGUGAUGAGGCAAGAAAUUGAUUACGCCCGGCCCGUCAUCAUCCUCGGACCGAUGAAGGACAGGAUCAAUGAUGAUCUGAUUUCUGAGUUCCCUGACAAGUUUGGCUCCUGUGUGCCACAUACGACUCGGCCGAAGAGGGACUACGAAGUGGACACACGAGACUACCACUUUGUGAACUCCAGAGAGCAGAUGGAGCGGGACAUUCAAGAGCACAAGUUCAUCGAGGCGGGACAGUACAACGAUAAUCUGUAUGGAACCAGUGUCCAGUCUGUGAAAUAUGUGGCAGAGAGGGGUAAGCACUGCAUCCUGGAUGUGUCUGGAAACGCCAUCAAACGACUACAAGUAGCACAACUUUAUCCCAUCGCCAUCUUCAUUAAACCUAAAUCUAUUGAUUCAUUAAUGGACAUGAAUAAGAGACUGACAGAGGAACAAGCCAAGAAGACAUUUGACAGGGCGAUGAAGCUGGAGCAGGAGUUUGCUGAAUACUUCACAGCCCUGGUUCAAGGAGACACCUUAGAGGACAUUUAUAACUUCUGCAAACAGGUCAUAGAGGAACAUUCAGGACCCUAUAUCUGGAUCCCCUCAAAGGAGAAACUAUAAUAACUCAUCACCCUCUCAUCAGGACUCUGGACUGCUAGAGAACUAGUAAUAAGUUGUAACAUAUGGUAACUGUAUGGCGGUGAAUAGUCUUCAUGAAUAAUUAUUAUGAAUAUGUUUGAUUUCUUCUUUUUGUCUUUUCUUUGGUUAUUGUUUCAUUUUUCAUUCAACAUGAUUAGUUACUUGUGAAUAUGUUUGAUUCCUUGUUUGUCUUUUGUUUUGUUAUUGCUUCUUUUUUCACUCAAUAUGAAUGUUCCUGAAUGUAAACCACAAAGUGUUUGGAUGUUUCAGGUCUUGAAACAUGAUCCGUUUGUAUAUUUUGUUGACUUUAAUUUGUCCAAAUAGGAAAAUGUAGUAAAACUAAAUUAAUUUCCGGGAUGUGUCCACAUCAGCAGUGUGGACUUUCAAACAGGAAACUGAAGGUUGCAGCUUGAAUGCAGGUUUCUUUGCUUCACUGACGAGGACAUUAGGUGUUUAGACUACAGCAGCCCUACCCUGUCUCCACACUGCAGGAUCUAUCAAAUCCAUAUGAAGUUUAAGGUUUUUGUCUGAUUUUGCUUUUUUUCUACAUCGUCUUUUCUUCCUUGAAUUCCUGUAUUUAUUUCUCUGACAAUAUGUAAGGCAAACGUAAAAGUUUUUCAUGUUUUUUUUUAUUAUUAUUUAUUUAUUGAAGCAGACAUUACACAUCUGCCUGUUGCAUUGACAAUGACAAGUAAAGGGAGAGAGAGAUGUAACAUUAUAUUUUGCUACUUAAAUUACCAGAGGUUCAAAACAAAAAAAAGCACAGAAUUAUUUAUAAGUGAGCAUUAAACUUUGAUUAAAAGGUUAUUUAAGGAGCAUAUUCUGUUGGAGUGAUGUAGUAUGUUGUGUCUGUGCUAACACGUGGAGUUAUGGGGAGAGGGGGAUUUGAUGUUCAGUGUGUUUUGUAGACUCGGGGUAGAGAGGAUGGUCGGAGAGGUGAUUACAUUUAUUACUGAAACACAUUUUUAGCUUUUGAGACAAAAGCAGGACAAAUACAAAUAGUUUUUAAAAGCAUAUAAAUAUAUGAAAGAAAAAGGAUAAAGUGUAAAAGAACUGAAUAACUCAGAAUAAUGUGUAGCAGCAUUAAAGAGUAUUUCCUGAUUCAAAAGAAUAAAAAGGUGAUUUUAUUUUGAAGAGAUUCUGAUUCAGAUGCCUUGUUCUCCUCAGGCUGUUCUAAAGUUGUGAAUAUUAAGAAGUCUGAUAAUAAUGAAUGAAAGUAAAGCUCACAGCCCGACCCUCUUGUUCCUGCACAUUGGCUUUACGUCUGUGUAACAGACACUACAGGACACUACAUUACAUCAUUUUAUUGUUAUUUCACACCAAGGCUCCAGGCUUUAGUUGUAAUGCUUUGUCAUAUUUUACAUGUUCAUGGAUGGUUGUUGUAUAAGUUGUUUUCAGCUGUUAGUCUGUUCAGAGACAAUAAGGUCAGAGAGGCAGCUCUGUAACAAACGCUGCAUUGAGAAAAAUACUUUUACUGAUUGGUCUCAUCAUGCAGGUAGUACAUCAUUUCUGUUUUUGGUUUGUUUGGAGGUUACUCUCUACUAGUUAAGAUGAACCUUACAUCUCUGUGAUGCAAACAAACAAUGACACAACUUAGGUUACAAACUAACUAAUUUCAAAGUGUGGACUUUACACCAUAACUUAAAACAUAAGUUACACAGAGCAGGUGUAACAGGUAUGCACCUCAGUUUUUAUUUAUGGAAAACGUGUUAACAUUUAGCAGUGACACUGUGGUCUUUAUUCUUACUGUAAGAGUUAUGCUCUGCAGCACUUGCAUUAUGAUAAAAUAAAUGACUAACUAGUUACAUGAGAGUGGUUUGCAGCCCGACACAGCAACAUUAUUUAAUGUUGUAAGAAAGAGACCUCUUAAUGUCUAUAGGAACAGAAUGAAUUAUUAGGGAAAGCUAAACCUGUGUCAAUGUUUAUAUGAUUCCCUGAAAUUUAUUUUAAAACAGACUUUAAGAAUUGUCAACCUUUCCUUUAAUAUUUUUAUUUUAAACACAAUGAAAAGGGACACAAUGUAUAUUUUUAGGCCCUGUUGACAUGCACAAAGGUACGUUUUAAAGCUGAUAGCAUAAUAUAUCUGUCCACACAAGACCCCAAAGUUAUUUAAAAUGCUCAAACAUACAUGCAGAGCCUGUAGAGGAGUACCUGUGAGUAUGUUUAGUGAGCUUUUCUCACAUUGUCAGUAUGUUUAAAAACAUCAAAUAAUGUCUGUCAUUAUUAUUAAUUACAGUUAUUUGACUGAUGAACAAACAGGAAGGGUUGUCUGCUUCUGUUGUUGCUGCAGGAGCACGCAUGCUACACAAAGUGAUAACGGGCAUGUCAAUGACUACACUGGCUCUUCAACUUCCUCUGUGUCCAUGACAACCAUAGACAUAGUUAUCAGGAACCUAAAAUACAAUUUGCAUGCAAACUAAAGGCCAAACGAUAAAGCUUAAUUUAAAAAAAUGUUAGAGUCAGUGGUGCUGACUGCUGCCAAUAUUACACCUCGUGUGGUCUGUCUGUUAACAUUAAUAAGAAUAUCUCCAGACUGUAGUUUAAGGAGGAAAGAGCUACAAUCAUGGCUCCUAUUCUCCUAUCCCAGGUCAAAUCUGAACAUGUUUGUUGAGCAGAACUCCCGACAGGACAACAAGGGCCAUCUUGAAUCAGCCAAAGAGAGCCAGGAAGACUAAACAAAAGCAAAUGUCAGACGUGUUGCCCGUUAGCUUUAGAAGUGGAUUAGACGUCCUGAGUAGAUGCUUUAACUGACCCAGCAGCACGUUACAAUAUAUCCACUAGUUUACUCACCAGAGGCUUGCCUUCUGUAAAGGGCAUACCAAUCAGUACCUCUCCUUGUUCAAAUGAAGGAUUACCAAUAUUAUAUGUAUUUAUAAAGCACUCAGAAUGACUAAUGCAUUUAACAGUGUAAUAACCUCCCUCUCCUUUGAUUGCAUUGUUUGUUAGGUUCUCACAAUCAUAAUUUGUGAAUGACGUAUAUAUUCUAGUAUUCCUGCCGUUUGAUCUCAGCAUGUUUCACCUGAUAAAGUUAAGAUAGUAGUCACAAUACAUGCAGGUAUGUUUCUUAUCAAUGGAACAUUUCAAAAGUGCACUUAUUCAUUGUUUUUGCUAACAAAAAUAGGCACUGUUUGAUGAGGUUAAUGAAUAGAACCAAUAGAAGUCAAAUCCACUGAUUCUUGUUUGAAACCUGACCCGUCUGUUAGUGUGGAAUACAUACUGCUUCUGUGUCAGCUCAGAAAGAAUUUGAACCACAUGGUUUGUGAAACAAGUGUGUGCUUGGGGAAUUAAAUUUAUGUUAAGUGAACACAAUAAUUUCACAAACUGGCUGAGAUGUGUGGCCAGUGGAAAACUUACAAACCAUUUCAACUGAGAAACUAUUCAAGAAUGAUAUUUCUGAUAGAUUUGUCUCAACACUCAUGUUCUCCUUUCAUUUUUUUGUAAAAUGUUUCAAGACAUCAGCAGUUCUUUCAUUUAUUUGCAAAGUUUCCAUAAGGUGUUGGUCACCACUUGCCUUAACAGAGUAAGUUUACUGUAUGUCAGAACUCAAUGAUUACAAAUGAGAAAACAAUGUUUUAUUUAAAAUCAUGAUUUCUUUUCCAUCUUCAUUUAGUGAAAACAAUGCUUAAUCACAUACACUGUGUGUUUCAUGUUUAGGGUUGUUUACAUGCUGUUCUGAUCAAGUCAAAGGCUAAGGAGAUGAUUAUGUAAGAUUAUAUUAGAGAUGAGCCUUUCUCUGGCGACAAAGGACAUGUUUUUAAAAAUCCUUAUUGGUAAUACAACUUUUGGACCCUUGUUUUCAGAGUGUUUUGGUCGGCAAUAAGACGAGAUGUAAAAUAAAUUCUAACUUUAUAUAUUGGCUGAAAAGUCGUAAACAUUGUAAGACAUGGUAUUUUACAGGCCAGUGGGGAUUUGACCUAUGCAUGACGCAACAGUCUUCUGUUUCCUGUGGAUGUGCAAUAUUCAACACAGCUGAAGCUUUGGGGAACCUAUUUGAAUCGUUCAAAUUGUGUCUAUUUUGCAAUUAAAUAAAAACACUGUUGUAAGA